UUUUAUUACACUUUUUGAUUUGCCGCCGAGUAUCUGCGUUUCUAGACUAUAAAACUGAUAUGGGGUGUUUGGGAGAUAUGUUCCAUCCAGGAAGUGUCAUAGAUCAGUUGUUAUAUUUAUGAUAUGUCUCUGUAUUACUUAUCUAUGAUUGUUGAAAGCUAUCACAUAUCAGACAGACUUGAGCCUUCAGUUGUGCAUUUCAAAGGUCCUCCUUGAAGUUCAGAAGAGUAUUCAGAAUGCUUAACAUUUUCUGUGUCGGCUGUAUACUUUUAACGGCAAUGGAGUUUUGCAUCAAAACCACCUGGGACAGCUUACCCGUGGAUCAUAAACCGGUCAAAAUACGGUUUUCGCCAGGUGAGGGUGGCUUGAUAAUGCAGGUAACUGCUCCUUUCUUCAAUGACCCCCCAGCACCAGCUGGACCCCCUGGACAACCAUUUCCUGGUCUCUGGGAUUAUGAAGUGGUUGAAUCCUUCUUCCUGAACAGCAACACUGAGCAGUAUCUGGAGGUCGAACUUUGCCCACAUGGACAACACCUUGUUCUGCUGCUGAAUGGAAAGCAUAACGCUUUUAUGCAACAGCUUCCUCUUUCAUUCAUGGCCAGUAUAGAGGACCAGACCUGGAAGGGAGAAGCCCUGUUGCCUUGGAGGUUUUUCCCUCCGGGCGUUAACAAGAUGAACUCCUACGCCAUCCAUGGUUCUGGUGCUGGAAGGACAUACGAGGCCCUUUAUCCUGUGCCAAGAGAAGACCUUCAGGAAGGACAAGGACCAGAUUUCCAUCGUCUUGAGUAUUUCCAGAACUUCAAGUUGCAAGGCAUCAUGGGAGAAGGCUGGGUCCAGCCAGAGUCCGAUUUGUGGGAAAAUGCAACCCAAUAUGUGCGAAAAAGCACAAAUUAAUUCAAACCUGUUUCAUAAUCGGCUUUUUUGAAAUCUUUUUAACACCGUAAUGACUCGUAAUUUGCUUUCAUGGCUAUGUAGGAGCACAAAGUCCACAGCCGCCUAAUCAGAGUUAAUGAUGUGGCUUUUUUUAAUGUGGGUAUAAUGGCAUUAUAAUGGGUUUUAUUAUCACAAUUUAAUAAAUCUUGAAUCAGUAAUGCAGCACUAAUCUCAGCUCCAAGUAGUACGACAAGCACCAAAUAUCUCUUGAAUCGAUGGGCAACAAAUGGAAACUGUGUUAAUUUUCACUGAAAUAAAAUUAACCAUUUAAA